CACAUAAUGACUUUGAAUCUUGAGUCCCCCAUUUAACCGAUUCUUGAAGUUUCCGAACAUUUGAUUACAAUCUACUCUUUUACAACCUAUCAAUUCAUCAAUCCCUCAUCCCUUUCUCCGGUUAUUCCAAAGGUUUGAUUUUGUUUCUCUCAAUAAUUCUAUUCCACUUAACUGUUCUCUUGCUUAAUCUUUACUAUUCUUCAUUCCACUGUCGAGUAUUCAACGACUCCGCCAUUGACCUCCCUCCAUCUUCCACGAUUCUUGAUCAUACACCGGUUCGACCAAUGAUCUCCUAGUAUCAUCAUAUUCUUUAUUCAGAUUCUGAGUAACACGCAAAACCCAUUUCCCUGAUCUCAAACUACGCGAAUUUCAAGCAUAAACCCUAGUUCAUCCUUUCUGGGUUUUACGAUUUGAGUAGCAGCAGUCACCGGAGAACGUGAUUUGAGGUUCUUAACGCUCACCCUUUUUCUCAUUAGCUGUCUACUGUAUCGGGCUACUUUCAAUUUUCAAUUUUGUUAGGUUAGAAACAGAUGGGUUUCUUAGGUUACUGUUAGAUCUCGUAUCAUGUCCGAUAACUGUUUGUGAAAAUGUCUAGAAAUUAUAUCGAUAGAGCCAUGGCUUCUUACAAGAAACCCCGUAUAAGAGAUGGAGCUGUUCGUCGCUUCCUUUUUGUAAUAUCCUUAACUAUAACCGGGGUUCUUUUGCUAUUCUUCCUCGUUGCAAUGAAUUAUUCAAAUAGUGGGUUAUAUCAAGAAAACACUGUUGAAAUCGAUGUUACUAGUGGAGUAAUCUUUAACAUCUCUGGUUCGAUCGAGUCGAUCAAGCUUCCCAAACAUAAUUAUUUAUCAAAAAUGUUGGAGAAGAAGAACCAGUUACCCCCAAGAAACAUCGAUUUGUAUCCAAAUCUAGCCAAAGAUCGUAUCAUAAUCGUUCUCUACGUUCACAAUCGUCCCCAAUAUCUAAAAUUAGUUGUCGACAGCCUUUCUCAUGUGUCAGGCAUCAAUGAAACUUUAUUAAUCGUAAGCCACGAUGGAUACUUCGAAGAAAUGAACAAGAUUAUCGAAGGUAUCAAAUUUUGUCAAGUCAAACAAGUCUUCGCUCCUUUUUCACCUCAUAUUUUCCCCAAUUAUUUCCCUGGUGUAUCCCCUAAUGAUUGCAAAGAAAAAGACGACCCUAUAGCCAAAAACUGUGAAGGAACUACUGAUCAAUACGGGAAUCACAGGUCACCAAAGAUUGUGUCUUUAAAACACCAUUGGUGGUGGAUGAUGAACACCAUAUGGGAUGGUCUUCAAGAGACAAUCAAUCAUUCGGGUGAUAUUCUUUUCAUAGAAGAAGAUCAUUUCAUUUUCCCAAAUGCUUAUAGAAAUUUGAAGAUGCUUACAGAUUUGAAAUCCUCAAAAUGUCCCGAUUGUUAUGCGGCGAAUCUUGCUCCAAGUAAUGUGAAGUCAAGAGGUGAAGGGUGGGAUACUUUGAUAGCAGAAAGAAUGGGGAACAUUGGGUACACAUUUAAUCGAACAGUUUGGAGGAAAAUACAUAGAAAAGCCAAAGAGUUUUGUCUUUUUGAUGAUUAUAAUUGGGAUAUAACAAUGUGGGUGACUGUUUAUCCUUCUUUUGGUGGUCCGGUUUACUCUAUGCGUGGGCCCCGGGCGAGUGCGGUUCAUUUUGGGAAAUGUGGGUUGCAUCAAGGUCAAGGAGAACAAGCUGCUUGUGUUGAUAAUGGUGUGGUGAAUAUUGAGGUUGAAGAGAUUGAUAAGGUGGUGAAUGUUAAACAAGAGUGGGGUGUUCAUGUUUUUGGUAAUCAAGAAGGGUAUCAAGCUGGAUUUAGAGGGUGGGGUGGGUGGGGGGAUAAAAGAGAUCAUCAAUUGUGUUUUGAUUUUGCUAAAAUGUAUCAUUUGAGGAUCAAAAAGUAGUCUUGAAUUUGUUGUCAACGGUAUGAUUAAUCAAAUAUUUUGUUGUAUGAAGCUAAAAUUAUUAGGUAUUUUUUGUGGUUUGUAUUAUGACAUACGUGUUAUUUUCGUUUCUUGAAAUGGAAUAAAGUUUUGUUUACUAUC